GAUUUCCUUAACAAUAAAAUAUUAUAAAUAUCAUUGAAUUUUCCCUUUUGUUUUCGGUUUAAAAUUUGAUUAUUGUAUAAUCAAAUCAAAUCAAAUUAAAUCAAAUUAAAUCAAUAAAUUAUGGGACAACAAAAGCUUUGGUGGGGUUUAAUUGAAAACUUAUGCAAGAGGCUGGCUACUUUUAAGAAACGAUUGGAAGGAUUUUUCAGAAAAGCAAUUCAAUUAACCGUUUACACGGGUGCUGAAGUUGCGGUUAUUGUGAUCAAUGAUAAUGAAGUACAUUAUUUUUCUAGUCAUGGCAUGGAACAUACGUUGGAACAAUACUUCGCAAAUAGACUGAAUCAAUCGGAAACAAUUAGUCAAAGAGUUUAUCAAGAACUUAUCAAUGAAAAUACAGAAACUGGGCAAGUAGAAGAACAGAUUGGAGAACAAAUUGAAGAGCAGAUUGAAGAACUCGAAGAACACAUUGAAGAAAUUGUUGUGCAAGGUAGUAGUUCAAAUAACCAAAACAUAUAUUUCGAUGACUUAUUUCGUUUAGUUCGUUUCCUUAACAUUCAGCUUGAUGAUGAAAUUAUGAUAUAUGAUGAAUUUCAAGAUGACGAUGUAAAUGCCAGAAUUAUUCAAUUAAUCAAUGGUGAGAUUAAUCCAACAAUUAAUGAUGAUGAAAAUUUAGAAUAUGAAUUAGAAAAUUAUUAUAGAGGGGAACCUCUUAUCAUCCAGGAAAAUACACCACCAUCUGCGUAUGAUAACAAUACACCACCCCCAGAAUAUGUUAAUAACAAUCCAGCUCAAGAUCAAUUAGAAGACCUUCUUGACUUUAUGGAUGAUGAUGAUGAUGUAUACGAUUAGAAUUGUGCAAAAAAAAAUGCAUGUAUGGCUAACUUUGAAGGUUUUGGUUUUAAUUAUGGUUUUGUUGUUUGAUUGUUUUUGGUUUGACUUUUGUUUUUAAGACGUUAAUUUUUAUUUAUUUCUGUUUCUAGCUGGCUAGUCCUUUUGUUGUUGUUGUGAUCAAUAGGCAUACUAUGUUCUAUGUAUGCUUUACUAAUAUAUCUUCUCUCAUAUUAGAAACAGAUUGUUCUUCCUUGAGGUGUUUCAAUAUUUAUUUCUCCUUGAUUUGCUAUAUUAAGUGUUAGUUAUAUUUCUACUAUAACUUUAUUAAGUAAUUUAUCUAUUAAUUGCUUACUACAUUCGUUUAAUUCUUAUUUAUAGUGAAUAUUAUAUUUUAAUUCAAACUCC